GCGAGGCGGCCCGGCGGCCACACCAUGGACUCGGGCCCCGAGGACCUCGAGCUCAACGGCGACCUGCGCCAGGGCUCGCCCGGCUCUCCGGACGCCUCGCCACCUCGCCGGGGCCGGAACCAGCCCAUCAACGUGAACCAUUACGCCAACAAGAAGAGCGCGGCCGAGAGCAUGCUGGACAUCGCUCUGCUGAUGGCCAACGCCUCCCAGCUGAAGGCCGUGGUGGAGCAGGGCCCCGACUUCGCCUUCUUCGUCCCCCUGGUGGUCCUCAUCUCCAUCUCCCUCGUGCUACAGAUCAGCGUGGGCGUGCUGCUCAUCUUCCUCGUCAGGCACGACCUCAACGACCCUGCCAAGCACGCCAAGCUGGACUUCCUCAACAACCUGGCCACCGGCCUGGUCUUUAUCAUCGUCGUGACCAACAUCUUCAUCACUGCCUUUGGCGUCCAGAAGCCCGUGGUGGAUGUGGCGCCCCAGCAGUAGGGGCUCAGAUGCCCCCGGAUCAUGCCAGGAGCCUCCUCGCCCUUGGGGCCCCCCGCCCUUUGGGCAGCUCUCCCCGAAACCACCAGAUCUCGGGCUGGCCCCACAGGACCUAGUCCGGGACAAGCAUUAUGUGGUCAGGCCACUCCAGCCAGUGCACGGCCUGCUCUGUCCUCAGUUGUUGCUCCUCCUGGAGCGUGGGGCGGAGAGCCCCCGAGAAGGGUCAUGGCCGCCACGGACACACGCAGGCCUGAGGAUGGGCAGCAAGGGGCCAGGGCCACCUCGGUCUCAGGACGUUUCCAGAGGGACAAGGAGAUGCCCCUGACUCUGCCAGCGCAGCAGUGUCCCAGCCUCACGUGUGGCCCUUCUGGGUGACCCACAGCCUCUGUGCUUCCUGUCCCAGGAUAUUGGACUGCCAGUCCCCCCUGGUCCUUGUGGUGGCCACAAGUCCUGCACACGCUCUCCACCAGCAGACUGGGCAGGGCCCCAGCCUCUCCUCAGGGGUCCAAGCUCCCGCUUUUCUAAGCACGAAUGACCAGUAAAACUGAUUCUCCUCCU